GCCCCCAUAGGCGCACGUUGCAGUGAAUGAUUAACUUUAGGCUGAGGAACUGCUUCAUCCAGGUUGAGAUACUUAAAUUAACUUCAGACAUGCAAAAGAGGGUGAGAAAGUGCUACAGUUACAAAGAACCAAUUUAGCUGGUGGAGGAGUUUCAGCCGGCGGGUUCCCAUCACCGGUGUCUGGCACCCCAGUAUCUCCACUUUCACUGUCCCAGGCAGGGCUGUAUGUGUUUGUCCCCAUGUCAUAAAAAAUUUAGCGAUGCUUUAUGUAUUUCCUCUGGUUUUAUUGAAGCCCACAUUUCUGUGUGUCCUCUUUCCUUACUUGGAAGCAGUUUCUGGGCUAGGCAGCAUCCUCCCCCAUUGCGGUUGUGCUUUACACAUGGAGUCAGAGCAAGUCCCUCCUCCAGCAGCAGCUUGGUUGUCAGCUUUGGGUAUGGCUCACUGGUUUCAAAAUAAGGUGGCAGUGAUUUCUGCAGAAGCAGGAGCAUCUGAUGUGGUGCUGCCAGUGUCUAAAAGGAGAAACAGCCCACCAUUUAUGCAAGAGCAUCCCAGUUAUAUGAAAAAGACGGCAUCACCAUGAGCGGAGUAUUGAAAAGGAAGUACGAAGAGCUGGGGGAUGACAGUACCUACUGCUCCUCUUCCUCCUGCUCCCCUCUCUCCUCCUCAGCAUCCUCAGGAUGGGAGUCAGAUGAGGAGAGCUCCCAUGGAGAGCCCAAGCUCAGCUCUGCCUUAACACCAAGCUUCACCCCCACGUCUAUCCUGAAGAAAUCCAAACGCCUGAAGAAGAACAAUGUGGAGUUUGACCGGGUCACUGUGUUUUACUUCCCACGCUGCCAGGGGUUCACGAGCGUGCCUAGUCGCGGGGGCUGUACCCUGGGGAUGGUGAGCAAACACAGCUCCUCCCGGCAGUUCACCCUAGCCGAGUUUUCAAAGGAGCAGGAGAAUGUUCGUCGGGAGAAACUCGAAGAGAAAUUAAAAGAGGAGAAGUUGGAAGCAUUGAAAUGGAAACUAACCAUGAAUGGCACAAAAGAAUCGGAGGAGGCUAACCAGCUCACCAUUGAAGACAUCUCUGAUGACGACAUCGACGUCAGCAGCAUGGACCUAGAGGAUGGCUUUUUCCUUCAGCCUUACCCUGCCAAGAAGAGACGUGCAUUGCUGAAAGCCAUGGGGGUGAAGAAAAUUGACAAGGAGGAGAAGCGGGAGCUGCACAACAUCCGCCUAUCCCGGGAGGACUGUGGCUGUGACUGCCGGGAGGUCUGCGACCCGGAGACCUGCAGCUGCAGCUUGGCAGGCAUCAAAUGUCAGAUGGAUCACACCUCCUUCCCCUGUGGCUGCACCAAGGAUGGCUGUGGCAACACUGAGGGCAGGAUCGAAUUCAACCAAGCCCGCGUGCAGACUCACUUUAUCCACACCAUCAUGAAGCUGGAGCUAGAGAAGCAGCAGCAGAGCAAUGAGAGGGUGGUGGAGGCCGAGCCUCCUUUUCGGGAGCGGCUCUUGCCUUUGGGAUGUGCAGCAGGCAAGAGCUCCUUGGAAGAACGUGCGGUGCCACUGGCUCCUGCCUUCCAGUUCAGCCCUGACCUGGAGGCCCUGGGAGAGAAUAGCUGCAGCAGUGACAUGACAGACUCCUCCAUCUCCUCCCACCCCAGCGAGGACCUGGAAGAGCCUUACGAGAGCCUCCCUUCUGACAAAUCCCAGUCAGAUGUGGACGACGACGGCUUGGCACGCAUCCUCCACUUCAAUGACUCGGAUGCUGAGGACGAGGGUGGCAAUGGCCAGGAUGACCUGAGCUGCUUCCACCCUGCUGACUUUUUCAUUGAGGACCACAGCAGCGAGGCCAAGCCUGUCCCUGGCCACUUGUCCCACCUCUCUGAGUGCCUGGACGAGAACGCUAACCAGGACAGCGGGGGUUUGCUGGAGGAUGCUGCCCACGCACGGUGUGAUGGGCUGUCCUGCUGCACCUCAUCCCCAGCAGAGCCCUGCUCCAAGAGCUAUGCCGACCUCAGCCUUUCUUCUGACUCCUUGGAUUUCUUCCAGUCCUUCUCAGACUAUAACUUGGGACCCCUUUACAACUCCUUAAAGGAGUAUGAGAACCUUGAUAACUUCUCAGCAUUACAGUUUCAGUUGCCUAAUUUCCCUGGCUUCCCGCAAGCUGGAGAUCAGGGCUCUUGUUUCUUGGAGUCCCUCAUUGGUUUGUCCGAAUCUGUCCCCGAAACCCCAGCCCCUUUCACAGACAAUCAGCUUUUGGAGGAUGCCAUCAAGUCAUCACUGAUGGAGACGGUGAAAGUGUGAAAUGCCCCCGUGGCUCGGGUGGCAAAGACUUGUGUGGAAGGGAAAGCAGAACAACUGGUUGGGCAAACUCCACUGAAAGGAUGGUAGGCUGCUCAGAAGUACUAACCAGCACCAACGCGGGACUUUCUAAGGAAACAAACUGGGUUUGGUCUUUCUAGAACUCGGACGUUUUGGCAUACUGCAGCUACAAUCGGUUCUCUCGCCCUUGGUGCAGAGCUUUCUAAACUUUCGUGACAGGCUGGGGAGGGAGGGAGGGGAAGAGACUUUGCCUAUGAAUUUCCUUGUGUUUGGUAUGAAAAGCCCCGGUGAGACAUGCUCCUCGCUGACGUUGCCAGUCGUACGCGCAGCCCCUUCUAGAAACGUUUCGGUGUUGCGGGAACUUUUUAGGACAGCUUUUUGCAAGUGUAUUUAUUGUGAAAAUGUGUGGUUUGGUAGGAGUUGGCCCAACGUGCUCUUAUGCUGAAGUCAGACAAGGUUUACAGACGAGAUCCCUACACUUUAUACAUAAUCAUUCUUCAUCUAUUUAUUACAAGUUCCAGAAUUUAAGGAGCCACCGAAGCUUGAGCUAGCAUGGAAACCUUAUUUAAAUUGGUGAUACCUCAGAUGUAUUAUGUGUACAAUCAUUGCUUUUUUUUUGCAUAAUAUAUCUGUAUUUAUUUAUUUUCUACCUGUAGUACGUGAAUAGCACUGUGGUUUAUCAGUGACCUGGAAGGGCAAUAAGAUCUUCAGCAGCACCUGUCCUAAAGAUGACCCUGUUUGUUCUGAGUCUGAAAGAUGUUGGCUGUUUGGUCUUCGCUUUACAUUUCUAAUGGUUCAGGGUAGGAAAAGAGGGACAGGGGAAACAUUCAUGCAGUGUCUCUUGAUUUCUGUCAGCCCAUGAGUAGACAUGAUGAUGGUGUCUGAGCUCUGCACUAUUGCUGUGGAGAGCAGCACAAACAGAACCUUCAGCUGUUCAGGAAGAAACACGAGCUGGCUCUUUGAGCACAAAACCACACCAGCCCUUUCUCCUAAGUUAUUUUAUAAUUUAUUAAGUUUGCUGAGGAUUUGGCCAUGAGAUCUUUCCUGAUCAAUUAUGGUGCCUGAAUGUGCAGAGGAACCAUUAAUGGGGGGGGGUGUCAGAGAGCAAAGCCAACAACAACAACACUUUGCCCCUGCUUCUCAGCAAGUGCUCCUUGGGAUCCUCCACUGUUGAGUACUACAGCUCCAAAAUCUAGUGGGUCAGACUGUUUAUAUGAUUUUUUUUCUACAGGCAAAUCAACUAAAAUAGAUGGAUAGGGAGGUUAUUGGAUUAUUUAUCCCUUGAGUGUGGUUUUAGAGGGAAGGAAAAAUCAAUGCCUCCAGAUAAAGCUGAAAAACUUGGAGGCUUUGUUUUUUUAAGACAAGAGGAAAUUGUCGUGUUUAGAAAGGACAGUAGAGGCCCUCUUGGCCUUUUGCUGUUGAAAUCAGUCUGAGAACGUGACACUAUUUGGCCACAAGAUGUAACUGGACAUGAAAUCUGUAUGUCAGUGGUACACUAAGUGCCUGUGCCGGCAGUAUGUAAACAAACCCCAACAGCUUUAAACCUGUGUUUGGAAAAUGUGUGAUGUGGUGAUGGGAGUGAUUGCUGGCAUUACUGGUGCCAGGAAUGGUGCCAGCCCCACUGCUCUGGGAGCAAGGUGCUGGGGGGAGCUCCUUGGCUGCAAAUGAGCAUGAAAAGUUCAAAAAAAUCAUCUGAGUAUUUUUCCACUGGCUGAACUGUUUAUAUCCCCAGUGACAGGGGUGGUGCUUUUGGGCACCUGCUGCUUUGCAGGUGCCCCCUGCAAACCUGCCAGCAAUUUAAGCAACAUCUGGCAUACAAGUAUGACAAAGGCUGGGUUUUUUUUUUUGGGGGGGGUUUAAAUCAUUAUUAUUAUUUAAUCAUACAUCUACUCUGGUACUGGUCAACUGGGAAGCAGAGCUUGACCCACUGUGGUCGUGAGCGGGUGCUCACCCCAUGCUCACCAUUACAUCCUCCCAUAAAGCAUUGCCUCUGGGGACCUCCCCACUGGGCAGGAGGGCAACUGUAGGAAUACUACUGGCAGAUGGAGGAUUUCCUGGAGGAAUACAUAUAUAUUAUUAUUAUUAUUUUGUUGUUGUUGUUGUCGUCGUCAUUGUUUCUUUAGACUAAAAAAGUCCCCUUCAGUUAUCUGCUAGGUGGUAGUUUCUGUCCUUCAGACUGCAUCACCAAUACUGACAGUUGGAAGUCUGGUACUGUUCUGUGUUUAUUGGCACUAAUCCGUUCUGUAACAUUCCUAGGUUUCUCUGCAUAUAGCUAGUUAUAGAUACAGAAUAUGGACAUGGAUUUUAGAGAGAGACACUUGUUUUUCAGGAACGCCGGGGAUGGACUCCUGCCUUUGUGGAUUUUUUUUUUUAAUAAUUUAUUCUUUUUAUUUGUGUUGGUGCCACAUUUUGUUUUCUCUUUUUCCUCCUCCCUCCCCCAAGGGCACUGACUUGUAAAUAUAUAUAUUUUUUUUCUUCUCGAUAUCUGUGUAAAAAGCUGCCUGUUAAACAGUUUAAGAACUGGGUAUUUAUUGACACAAUCUGUAAUUAUCUAAUGUAUUGAUUGAAAUGCUUUGGUUUCAACAUAGCUUUAUUUUAGCUCUCUUUGUGUAUAUAUUGUGAUUAUGUUGCUUGAAGGUACAGGUUUUUUAAAAAAGCUUUAUUUUUACCUUAUUCAUUUGCAUUUGUUUAUAAAAAAGCAUAUUUGUCUACAGCUGCUGUCUCUCAUUUCAUCAAAGCAAUAUGAAGAAAUUUCCAUUACCCUUUCAAUAAAAGAAUUUUGUUUGAAUAUGGCAGCACCUUUGCUGCUUCUGUUCUUUA